GGAAAUGUUGAAGUUAAAGCUCAAAUCAUUCCUUUCUCACACUAUCAUCAUCCACCAUUUGAGAAAGAAAGAUGAUAAGAAUGAGAAAAAAUACUAGUAAUCUUUUCUUCUUCUUCUUCGUCCUCCUCCUCAAUCUCUUCUUAUCCCUUUUCCAUUCAAUCCCAAUCUCAGCCAAUACUUUACCAAACGGAAACUCAAGAGAAACUCUCGAAAUUAUCAUCGGCACCACCCCCACCGCCGACAACCCCGCCGGCUCAUACUACGAUCCAGGCUGCAACUGUUAUCUUCCCCCACCCCCACCACCGCCCCCCGAAGAAUGUCCUGAACCACCCCCUCCACCGCCUCCACCGGAGCCCGAAUGUCCACCGCCACCCCCUCCACCGCCUCCACCGGAGCCCGAAUGUCCACCUCCUUCUCCUCCUCCGCCGCCUCCGCCUUCACCGCCUCCUCCUUCUCCUCCGCCACCUUCGCCGCCACCUCCUUCACCUCCACCACCUCCGCCGCCUUCGCCUCCGCCGCCGCCGCCACAAACAACGCCCGAACUACUAUCAGCCAUCCAAUCAAUCAAACGAUUCAGAGCAAGAAUCCCAAAUGGAUGCGACCCAUUUGGCGUAACCAAAACCUGGAACGGAAACGGUCUCUGCACCGACAAAAAAUCCUACAAAGGAUUCUUCUGCGACAAAAUCAAAGGCGACGACCGCUUCCAUAUCUACGGCGUCAAAUUCAACCUCUUCAAUCUCUGCGGAAAUCUAACCGCCGAAGAUUUCCUAGAAACAUUCCCAUUACUAGUUUUCUUCCACAUCAAUUCCAACAAUUUCACCGGCAAAAUCCCUUCCGCAAUCUCCAAACAACCAUACCUCUACGAAUUAGAUCUCAGCAAUAACAAAUACACCGGACCAUUCCCGCCAGCAAUCUUCGCAGCCAAAAAUCUAACCAUCCUCGACAUCCGUUACAACAUGUUCACCGGCCCUGUUCCGCCCAGAGUCUUCACAAUACAACUCGAUCUCCUCUUCUUAAACAACAACCAAUUCACCGGAACAAUCCCCGACAACCUCGGAAGCACGCCGGCUCUUUUUCUCACUCUGGCCAACAACAAAUUCUACGGAAAUUUCCCUAAAUCAAUCGGUCAAGCUAAUAAUACACUUAAAGAAGCUGUUAUCCUAAACAAUCAACUCACCGGUUGUCUUCCUUACGAAAUCGGCUUGCUAAAGAAAUCCACCAUUUUCGAUAUAAGUAUAAACAAAUUCACAGGCCCAAUUCCUCAUUCCUUCGGUUGUUUAACAAAAAUGCAGAGACUCAAUAUCUCUUCGAAUAAUUUGUCCGGUGCGGUGCCAGAAAGCGUCUGCAAACUAAAAAAUCUGAUCGAAUUGAGCCUUCAGAAUAACUAUUUCACGCAGGUGGGUCCGGCAUGCCGGAAGCUGAUCAAGAGAGGGGUUCUUAAAGUGGGCACGAACUGCAUUUUGGAUCUUCCCGGGCAAAGGACGGCGCUUGAGUGUGAGAAAUUCUUCUCGAAGGCCAAAGAAUGCCCAGAUCAUGAAUCGAUGAAUUAUGUUCCGUGCAAUUUAUCUGAAUCGGAAAAAUAUACCGUGGAGGAAGAUUUGGAAGCGGCGGCGAUUGUUCCGGCGCCGUCGCCGGCGUAUGCAGCUUUGGAAAGUAAUGGGUGGUAGUGACGGGUGACUGUAAGAGUGUCAUUUAUUAUUUGUCCACUACAACUACUGAUUGCUGUUUAUCCUUUAAUGAACUAGUUGUUUUGUAUAUUUAUUAUGCUUUUUAAUGAUUUAUUAAUAUUAUAAAUCAAAUAACAUUUCAAUGU